GUGUUUAGUUACUUCCGGAGGCAGAAGCGGGCCAGAGGUUAAAAAACAGCGAUGACUCCUGAAGGAUUAUCGCACUAACUUAAUAUAUUGGUGAACUGAAGCGGGUUUUUUAACGGAACAGCCGCACAGCAUCAUAGAACUGAAGAACGGGGUCUGUUCACAUUAAUGCAAGGGCGGGACUCCACGCCCCUCCCGGAAGUGAGUUGUUGAUUGGUUGGAACCCUUCGCGUCCCGGUCCCUGAUUGGACAGAAGCAUCGCGGAGCGGGAGGAGCUGCAGGAGCGACGUUCUCCGCUGAAUUCCUGUUUCAAAGUCCGUGAGGUUUGACGGCUCCGCUCAGUGGUUGUUGAUGGACCAUCCCUAUGAAGACACGGACUUACAAUGGGACAGAGCACCUCAGAACAAGGGGUCCAAGACGGCACCACACCAGACGGCUUGGAUAACCUGGAGACAUUUGUGGAGGAGGAGCUACAGACGAGCAUGAUGGUGGGCAUGGUGAUUGGCGCGGGCAUCGCUAUCGUCCUCAUCGCCAUCUUUAUUUUCUUCAUAUUGAGGAGGAUACAGCUCAGAAACCUGGAGGCUCAAGAAGCGCCCAAAUAUCGCUUUCGUAAGCGAGAUAAAGUCAUGUUCUAUGGGCGGAAGAUAAUGCGUAAGGUGUCCCAGUCUACCUCGUCCCUGGUGGGAACGUCCUCGUCAUCUCGACCGCGCCUGAAGAAAAAGCAGAAGAUGAUCAACAUUGCCAAAAAGAUCCUUCGCUUUAAGAAGGAAGUUCCCAUCCUUCAGGCCAAGGAGCCCCCUCCCUCGGUGCUGGAGGCAGACCUGACUGAGUUCGAUGUGGCCAACUCCCAUCUACCGUCCGAGGUGCUCUACAUGCUGAAAAAUGUCCGAGUAUUGGGUCACUUUGAAAAGCCCCUCUUCCUGGAGCUCUGCAAACACAUGGUCUUUCUGCAGUUCCAGCAGGGGGAGUACGUCUUCAGGCCGGGCCAGCCCGACAGCAGCAUCUAUGUGGUCCAGGAGGGGAAGCUAGAACUGUGCCUUACUGGAGCGGAUGGCAAGGAAAGUGUGGUGAAAGAGGUUUAUGCAGGGGACAGUGUCCACAGCCUCCUCAGCAUCCUGGAUGUCAUCACAAGCCACCAGAAGCCUUACAGAACAGUGUCAGCGCGGGCUGCAGAGGUGACCACUGUUCUACGUCUACCUGUAGAAGCCUUCCUGUCUAUAUUUGAGAAGUAUCCUGAGAGCCUGGUGAGAGUGGUUCAGAUCAUCAUGGUUCGCCUCCAGAGAGUCACUGUCCUGGCCCUGCACAACUAUCUGGGGCUGACCAAUGAGCUCUUCAGUCAUGAAAUGCAGCCUUCGCGUGCACCCCCACAAUCCCCCCAUCCCACACGGACCAGUCCCAUCCGCCACGGGAAGCGCUUUGGCAGUUUGACGGUGCCUGAGGAGCAGCGGGAGGCUGCCGUUAAGGCGGAAACUGCCGGAGAUCAUAGCAAGGACGGAUCGGGACCAACGCUGAGCCGGACCAUCUCCAUGCCAGUGGACAUAGCUGGUAUUCAGAAAAGUGUGCGAUCAGACUUUGACAUGGCUUUUGAGAGAGGAAGGAUAUCUGUCUCUGCAGAGGACGGUAAUACUCCUCCCACCUUUACUCGAUCCGUCUCCCAGGACCAGCGGGAGAAGAGGGUCACCGUAGAAGAAGUCCCGUCUGGGAUCUACCUGUAUCCUGAGGAAGACCCGGCAGGAAACGUUUUCCCGCCCGUCUCUGCCCGUUCCAGUCCUGCUCUGUUUGAGGAAGCUCAGAAGGAGGUUCUGAAACUCAUGAGGAUCGAGGACCCAGCUUUGUUAAAGGGGAAAGUGAGUCUGCAUCAUGCAAAAGCUGGAGCUGUUUUAGCAAGACAGGGAGACCAGGACGUGAGUCUGCACUUUGUCUUGUCUGGUUGUCUGCACGUCUACCAGCGGAUGAUCGACAAACAGGAGGCCGUCUGCUUGUUUGUGACGCUCCCAGGAGAGAUGGUAGGCCAGCUCGCCGUGCUGACCGGAGAGCCGCUCAUCUUUACCAUUAAGGCUGUCCGAGACUGUACUUUCCUGAAGAUCUCAAAGUCCGAUUUCUAUGAGAUCAUGAGGGAACAGCCCAGCGUGGUUCUGAGCGUGGCCCACACCGUGGCCAUCCGCAUGUCGGCCUUCGUCCGGCAGAUGGACUUUGCCAUCGACUGGAUGGCGGUUGAAGCGGGCAGAGCUCUCUACAGACAGGAUGACCCGUCAGACUGCACCUACAUUGUCCUGAAUGGACGUUUACGCUCCGUCAUCCGAAAGGCAAACGGCAAAAAAGAGCUGGUUGGUGAAUAUGGAAGAGGAGACCUGAUUGGUGUGGUGGAGGCGCUGACCCGGCAGCCCAGAGCCACCACCGUCCACGCCGUGAGGGACACAGAGCUGGUCAAACUGCCGGAGGGAACCCUGAACAACAUCAAGAGGCGCUAUCCUCAGGUGGUGACCAGGUUGAUCCACUUGCUUGGCCAGAAGAUUUUGGGGAACCUGCAGCAGGGCCGUGGGCCGUUCUCAGGUCCGGCUCUCGGCCUACCCGGCGUGGCAUCAAGUGCAGAUGUCACCAACCCCGCCAGCAACCUGUCCACCGUGGCGGUGCUGCCUGUGUGUGACGACGUUCCCAUCAAUGCCUUCAACCUGGAGCUCAGCCAUGCGCUCAGCGCCAUAGGGCCCACUCUGCUGUUAACCAGUGACAUCAUCAGAGAGCGCCUGGGAGCUUCUGCGUUGGACAGUAUUCAUGAGUACCGUCUGUCUGGCUGGCUGGCCCAGCAGGAGGACAUCAACCGGAUCGUCCUGUACCAGACGGACAGCAGCAUGACCCCGUGGACUCAGCGCUGCAUCCGGCAGGCCGACUGCAUUCUCAUCGUGGGGCUGGGGGACCAGGAACCCUCUCUGGGAGAACUGGAGCAGAUGCUGGAGAACACGGCGGUGCGGGCGCUGAAGCAGCUGAUCCUUCUGCACAGAGAGGAUGGACCCGGCCCAUCCAGGACGGUGGAGUGGCUUAACAUGCGCAGCUGGUGCUCCGGACACCUGCACCUUAAAUGUCCUCGCCGGGUCUUUUCCAGACGGAGUCCCAGCAAACUGAGGGACGUCUACGAGAAGGUGUUUGAGAAGACCGCAGACAGACACAGCGAUUUCUCUCGGCUGGCCCGAGUCCUGACCGGAAACAGCAUUGCUCUGGUCCUGGGCGGGGGCGGGGCCAGAGGCUGCUCACACGUGGGGGUGAUAAAGGCCAUGGAGGAGGCGGGGAUUCCUAUCGACAUCGUGGGCGGGACGUCCAUCGGCUCUUUCAUCGGCGCUCUGUAUGCCGAGGAGAGGAGUGCGGUCCGGACCAAACAAAGAGCCAGGGAGUGGUCAAAGGCCAUGAACUCUGUCUUUAAAACCGUGCUGGACCUUACCUACCCCAUCACGUCCAUGUUCUCCGGCUCGGCCUUUAACACCAGCAUCUAUAAAGUGUUCCAGGACAAGCAGAUAGAGGACCUGUGGCUUCCGUACUUCAACAUAACCACGGACAUCACAGCCUCAUCCAUGCGCGUUCAUCAGGACGGUUGUGUCUGGCACUAUGUUAGAGCCAGCUCCUCCUACACCCCCUAUUUACCUCCCCUGUGUGACCCCAAGGAUGGCCACUUGCUUGUGGAUGGUUGCUAUGUUAACAAUGUCCCAGGCUCUCUGUGGCGCUAUGUGCGGGCGAGCAUGACCCUCUCAGGGUACCUGCCCCCUCUCUGCGACCCCAAAGAUGGCAACUUGCUAAUGGACGGUGGCUACAUCAACAACCUGCCAGCGGACAUUGCUAGGAACACAGGGGCCAGAACGGUCAUUGCCAUCGAUGUGGGUAGUCAGGAUGAGACUGACCUUUGUAACUAUGGCGACAGCCUCUCUGGCUGGUGGCUUCUGUGGAAACGAAUCAAUCCUUGGGCAGAAAAAGUAAAGGUUCCAGACAUGGCAGAGAUCCAGUCACGGUUGGCGUAUGUGUCGUGUGUGCGGCAGCUGGAGGUGGUGAAGAAGAGCGCUUACUGUGAGUACAUCAGACCACCUAUAGACCGCUUCAAGACCAUGGACUUUGGAAAGUUUGAUGAGAUCUACGACGUGGGCUACCAGCACGGCAAGUUGUUGUUCACGGGCUGGGCUCGAGGCGACAUCAUCGACAACAUGCUGAAGGAUCACCGUUCAGCCGACUACAACGACUGCAAGAGAACCGACAUUGUCACGUGUCCAGCUGCUGACUUCACCGACCUGGCAGAGAUCGUGUCCCGGAUAGAGCCGGUCCAGACCUACGUAGGCCCUGAAGAGGAGUCCGACUAUCUGACGGAGUAUGAGGAGGAUGGGAUGGACACGGUGAGAGAGGCAGAAGGAGAGGAGGAGGAUGAGACUGAAGACCCCGAGGAUCAGUCCCCCGGAGAUUGGGCCCAGAAUGGAAUCUUCCAGACUGAUGAGGAGAAGUCUGUGCGGAAACGCAGGAAACUCACCAGUGACUCCAACGUCUCUGAAGUGUCAGACUGCUGACGGGACGUCCUGGCGGCGCCUGAGGGUCACGGGGUCACGUCCUUCCAAGGCUGGACAUGCAGAGGCCAUGCUCACGGAGCUCUGGGCAAUGUUUGGGUUUUCUGGAAACGUUCAUUUUCAAAGCUGUUUCAUUGUUUUUGCAUGGAGUGGCUUCCUACUGAAACCAGAAUUGUGAAGAAGAACUGAGCCCCCGAGCCUUUAGCCCCCUCAGAAUGGGGCUCCUGAUGCAGGCGGGUGUGAUGACGCUGCACUUCAGAUUUGGAAAGCUUGGAGAAGCUGAAACGCACCAGAGAGGAGCGUCAGGCCAAAGUUCAGGUGACGUAGAACGGCGGCUGUACUGUACUGUUGAAAGAAAAUGAAGACGAGACUGAAACGUAAAAACUGGAGAAGAAAGAUCGACUGAAGAAAAGGAAGAACGGCUGAAGAAAAGGAAGAACGACUGAAGAAAAGGAAGAACGACUGAAGAAAAGGAAGAACGGCUGAAGAAAAGGAAGAACGACUGAAGAAAAGGAAGAACGGCUGAGAGCUCGACAGGAGGAUGAAGAUGGAGAUCAUCGGUUAAAGCUUUUCACCUUUUCUGUAGGAAUGGACGUUCUCAACAAAGGAGGGUUUUUUCUUUAUUUGCACACAGUCACACUCAGGACUCUGGGUUUCUGCACAGAUCACCUCUGAACGCAUAAAGCCGAUCUGAGAGUUUACCUUUCCAAAGGAUCAUCGAUGAAAUGCUGAAAUCCUGAGCCAACCUCAAACUUCAACUGGCAGAAAGUCACUGGAAAAGGGAAUUCUUGAAUGAAUCUACAUAAAAAACAUAUUUAUCUAUGUCCACCAGUCAUUCUUAAGAUGAUGCUUUGCUCUCACAUACAUUUCACCACUAAACUGUCAUCAUUGACAGACCUGCUUUUGUGUUAAAAUAGCUUUUGGAGCUAAAUCAGGACAGUGGUUUGGUCUUUAUUUGAUUAACUUGGCUUUAGCUUUUUUGCACUGAAAAAUCUAAAGUAGUUCUUUACAGACGGUGUGUCAGAAAAUGUUAUAUUUGCCAAAAUCCUGACAUGAGAACUUUUAAGGAAUACAGCUAGACUAAUUUAUUAUGCAUACUGAGAAUAAAGACGAUGUGCAUCCUG